AUAUCUUAGUGAGUCAGUCGAUAGCGGACAGUCAGCUUGUUAACUAGUGACUAGUGUUUCCUUAAAAAAGUCAGUUUUGUGUAGUGAUUUAAAUAGUUCUUGUAAUUAUGGCCGGAGACAAUAGAAGAAACAUGAAGCAUCUUAUUAAGAUGUUUGAAGCGCAGAAAAUCCGUGCGGAGGAAGAGGACGCGGAUAUUGGCGAUAUAGGAGAAAUAACUCGAGAGGCCUACAAUAGAGCUAUGGCAGCCACCGAAGUCGAAGGUGCCGCAGCCAGUCAGAGCCCGGCGUCCGAUCUCGAGACCCUGAUCGAGCGCCUGGAGCGCGUCACCUCUCGGUUGGAGCGAUUGCCGCUGCUGCGCACGCGCACGCCCUCGCCGCCGCGCUCCCCAGCGCCCUCUCCCGUCUCAGACCUCUCCCAGACAUUACAACCGGUGUCCUUCGAACCAACUGACAACAUGAGUGUCAACGGUUAUCAAGAUAUUGUACAGGGCCCUCUGCAGGCGUACUUGCAGCUGUCGCAGCAACUCGGCGGCGAUGUGUCAGCGCACGCCAACCUUGUGAAUGCCGCCUUCCAGGCACAGCUUCGCUACAUCCAACUGGCUACAACAAGGAGCAAGCCAUCUCAAGCGGAAGAGAUGCAACUUCUCGCGCCGACCAGCGAGCAAAUCUCUGCUAUCCAACAAUUCCGUGAGAAGAACCGAGCUUCGAAGUUAUUCAACCAUUUGUCGGCGAUUUCCGAGAGCAUUCCUGCUUUGGGUUGGGUGGCCGUGGCCCCGACACCGGCUCCUUACGUGAAAGAGAUGAACGAUGCCGGACAGUUCUACACUAACCGUGUGCUGAAGGAGUGGAAGGAGAAAGACAAGACCCACGUGGAGUGGUGCCGCGCCUGGGUGCAGCUGCUCUCAGACCUGCAGGCCUACGUCAAGCAGUACCACACCACAGGACUCGUCUGGUCUGGUAAGGGCGCGGGCGCGGGCGCUCCCCCGCCGCCCCCUCCCGGCGGCAUGCCCCCGCCGCCCCCGCUGAUGCCCGAGGGCGACUUCGCUGACUUGUCGGUCGACGACCGAAGCGCACUCUUCGCCCAGAUCAACCAGGGCGAGAACAUCACUAGCAGUCUCCGUAAGGUGACCCCGGACAUGCAGACGCACAAGAACCCGCAGCUGCGGCAGGGGCCUGCUCCCUUCAAGGCGGCAUCCCACGGGCCGGUCGCGACCAAGGAGCUGCCGCGCCCCGGCGCCGGCACGCUGCCCGACAAGCCGCCCGUCUUCACCCGCGAUGGCAAGAAGUGGCUUAUUGAAUACCAAAAGGGCAACUCCAACUUGGUUGUCGAGAACGCUGACAUGAACAACGUGGUGUACAUGUUCCGUUGCCGCGACUCCGCGCUUACUGUUCGCGGCAAGGUUAACGGCGUGGUGCUGGACUCCUGCACUAAGUGCGCCGUCGUGUUCGACAACCUCGUCUCCAGCAUCGAGUUCGUCAACUGCCAGUCUGUGCAGAUGCAGGUACUGGGCAAGGUUCCGACGGUGUCUAUCGACAAGACAGACGGGUGCCAGAUCUACUUGUCUCCCGAGUCUCUGGACGUUGAGAUCGUCAGCUCCAAGUCUUCCGAGAUGAACGUGCUCGUGCCCAAGAGCAACGGCGACUAUGCGGAAUACCCCGUGCCGGAGCAGUUCAAGACACUGCUGAACAAGGCGAGGAGCGGCAUCACCACCACGCCCGUCGAGUCCACCGGCUAAGCCCUGUCUAUGUACUACAUAAGGAUGACCUUACCGAGGAAGUAAAACGGUGUGAGAUCCGAACACUUGUGGAUUUUUUAUGACUGAUUUUGAUUCAUCACGCAGUACUUAUUAAAACUAACACAUUUUAUACACCUAAAAUUUAACAAAUAAGAGCUUCUGUUUUGUUUUAUGUACGUACUCAACAGGUCCAAACCACACCGUAUUUAUUACCUAAUGGUAUCCGUCAUCCAGUAUACUCGGGAACCUUGUAUCGUUCACUAUCUAGCUUUCAUUAUAAAUUCGAGGCAAGGCGAGUCUUUAUUUAAUUAAGGUAAUACUUUGCACGGUCUAGUUCAAUAUUAGUUCACUACCAUGAUUCGCCUCGAAGUACCCGCUAUGAGAA